AUGGCACCCUGCCAGCGAUGCGGCGUGGGAAACAGGAGUGGACGAGGACAGGGAUGGUGCAGCAACCCACAAUGCCGCCAAGCCGAACAGGAAGAGCGGUUAGCCCAGCAGAGCGCAGAGAAAAGAGCUCGACAGCAAGAGCGAGCAGCGCAAGGAGCAGGCAGCCGUGGACCUGUUUCUAUCACAAUGAGCACGCGAGGAAAGAAGCGUGAGCUGCAGGCCAAGACGGUGGAGGAGGGAGUGGGCAGCCGUGGACCCAUGCCUGGCUCAGGGGGACGCCCAGAAGAAGCAGAAAGUGAGCGGACACAGAGGCGUGAGCUGCAGGCCGAGAGGGCCAAGGAGGGACUGGGCAGCCGUGGACCCAUGCCUGGCUCAGGGGGACGCCCAGAAGAAGAAGAAAGUGAACGGACACAGAGGCGUGAGCUGCAGGCCGAGAGGGCCAAGGAGGGAGUGGGCAGCCGUGGGCCCAAGCCUGAGGAAGAGAGCCAUCGAACACACAGGCGUGAGCUGCAGGCUGAGAGGGCAGAGGAGGGAGUGGGCAGCCGUGGACCCAAGCCUGAGGAAGACAGCUAUCGAACACACAGGCGUGAGCUGCAGGCUGAGAGGGCAGAGGAGGGAGUGGGCAGCCGUGGACCCAUGCCUGGCUCAGGGGGACGCCCAGAAGAAGAAGAAAGUGAACGGACACAGAGGCGUGAGCUGCAGGCCGAGAGGGCAGAGGAGGGAGUGGGCAGCCGUGGACCCAUGCCUGGCUCAGGGGGACGCCCAGAAGAAGAAGAAAGUGAACGGACACAGAGGCGUGAGCUGCAGGCCGAGAGGGCCAAGGAUGGAGUGAGCAGCCGUGGGCCCAAGCCUGAGCAAGAGAGCUAUCGAACACACAGGCGUGAGCUGCAGGCUGAGAGGGCCGAGGAGGGAGUGGGCAGCCGUGGACCCAAGCCUGAGGAAGACAGCUAUCGAACACACAGGCGUGAGCUGCAGGCCGAGAGGGCCGAGGAGGGCAUGGGUAGCCGCGGGCCAAAGCCUGUUGCAACAGAGCUCCAGCAGCAAGGCUAUCCCUUUCCAGACGAGGAUGUGCUGAGUCCCGAACGUGCACAGGCCGACUACCGUGCCUUCACUCGAAGCUGGGGAAGGUUCGGAUUGUCCAGGAUAUGUGAGGAAUGCCGAAUCUUCACGACAGGCAAGUACUGCAGACCGGCCAAAUCGACAGGAAAGAUGUUGUGCAAGAAUUGUCGAGAAAAGACUGCCAAGAUCCUUUUGCCGAUCCUGCCACCCAUCCCCGAGGCGCUCCAGCAUCUCCAGCCUAUCGAGCAGCACCUGAUCGCCAUGGCCCGAAUCUCCCAAGUGUUGCUCGACAAGCUACCUUCGGGCGGCCCAAGCGCUCAAUGGGGCCGAAUGUAUGCAGUGCUGGUGGACGACCCCUUCAUCUGCGAUGUCCUGGAAGGAGCCACACUUGAGGAAGACGGCACCGUCCUGGUGGAAGGAGUGCAGGGCAAGACCGCUUCCCCAGCUCGUCUCGACUGCUUACACAAGGCCUUGCAAGAGCUGAAAACGCAGCACCGCCUCUACCAGGCAAACCCGGCAGUGGACAGAGCCUUGACAAGAAUGGAAAGCAUCCUGGCUGGAAAAGCGCAGCCAUGCACAAGCGCAGCAGCAAUGACAGCCCACGAAACCUCCCAAGAGCGCCAAACGGGGGAGUCCGGUGGCUCACACUCCUCGGCCUUGGGGGGCGAAGCGCAACACUCGGAAGACGCAGCGGCCUCUGUUGAAACGAUGGAAGAGAAGGAAGACAAGCUGCAGAUGACGUACCUGAUCCCCAAAGAGCUGAAAACGCCCAGAGCGGAAACCGUGGAGCUGCAGAAAGCCCGGGGCACGGCGGAGCUCACGGACGACAUGGACGUGAAGUUCUUCCCACAUCUAUUUUCCACGGGCACAGGCGGAUGGCAGAAUGGAUAUGGCAGCUUCUCCCAGUACGCUCGCAAGCGUCUUCUCGGCUCGGACCCGCGUUUCGAGUCAUCACCGGCCUACAUCAUGUGGCUUCUCGAAAUGCACCUGAAGAAGCGUCUCUCCGGCAACAUCAAUGUGAGGAUCGGCAACCAGCAGGCUCCAGGUGGGAAGACCAAAUACCAAGAGGGCAAAGGUCAGGUGUUUACAGCCCUGAGGGACAUCCCCGGCACCAGCUCAUACGUCUAC